AUGUAUACACAGCAUGAGACAGUGUCACCUACCUCCUCACACACACUAUUACACCACGACAUGUAUACACAGCACGAGACAGUGUCAGCUACCUCCUCACACACACUAUUACACCACGACAUGUAUACACAGCACGAGACAGUGUCAGCUACCUCCUCUCACACACUAUUACACCACGACAUGUAUACACAGCACGUGACAGUGUCAGCUACCUCCUCUCACACACUAUUACACCACGACAUGUAUAUACAGCAUGAGACAGUGUCACCUACCUCCUCACACACACUAUUACACCACGACAUGUAUACACAGCACGAGACAGUGUCAGCUACCUCCUCACACACACUACUACACCACGACACCAUGGCAUGUAUACACAGCGAGAGUACAGAGCAGACAGUGACAGUGUCAGUCUCCUUCUCACACACACUACUACACCACGACACCAUGGCAUGUAUACACAGCACAG